UGAAACACGCAAAGGAAACAUGUGCAGAUGUUACGAAGUACUCUUAGGUGGAUGACAGGAUUCUCUAGAAUGGAUACAAAUAUAGCAACAGAAGAAUUAAGUAACAAUCAAAAUAAUGUUCGAGAAUCAGAAAAUUCGGAUUCAAUAGAGGUUGACAACUCACGUACAGUGCUAUUGAAGAUAGCAACACUGUAUGCUGAACGGCUUAUGAAUGACAUUUGUCUUGUUGUUGAUGGUAUAGAAUAUCCAGCGCAUCGUCUUAUACUCUGUGCUUCUAGUGAUGUUUUCCAAGUAAUGUUGAUGAGUCCACAAUGGAGCGAAUCUCAAGAAAGUAGAGUAACUCUUCAAGAAACACCACAAUGUGUACCUAUAUUUAGUGAAUUUUUGCGUUAUUUUUAUACUGGUCAAAUAAGAAUUAAUUAUGGAGUUGUUCUACCAAUAUUGUCUUUAGCAGAUAAGUAUAAUGUCAAAGAUUUAAUAUCAUUGUGCCUCGACUAUAUGCAAAGUCACAUUGCACUAGCUGCUAUACAUGGCACUUUAUUAUCAUGGCUACAAUAUACUUCAAAUUGUGGUCAUCACAAUAUUACUCAGGCUUGUCAAAAUUUUAUCAAAUGGAAUUUAGAAUUGGUAGCUAAAACUGCAGAUUUUGGAAAUUUCGACUUAGAUAUUGUAGUAUCAUUAUUACAUCAAAGUAGUUUAGUUGUGAAGGAUGAGAUGACAUUGUACAAGUGCCUGGAAUCUUGGUUGGAUCAUCAGGCAAAUCGUUUGAAAACACAGUUGUCACAGGAUGAACUAGAAGCUACAUUGAAACAGUUGGUGAUAGCUGUGAUGUCGCCCGUUAGGUUUCCAAUGAUGUCUCCUAGACAAUUAGCAGAACUGUUAUUAUUUCCAUUGACAAAAAAGUAUAAAGAAUUCUUUGUAGAACGUAUGUCUAUUGGAAUGUCAUUUCAUUCAGGUCAGCUAGAUAGAGUCAAAGAAGUAAGUUUAAACGAGGAAGAUGGUGCAUUACUUUUUGAACCAAGAUUAUAUACUGUGGAUACUUGUAGUUCACUGCUUACAAUAGAAAAUUUUCAUAGUUUACCUUCUUAUCACACGAGAACUCUUGUGUUUUCAAGUCAUUCAUGCUUAGCUGAAUAUGCCGGUGAUCGUGCGUGUGAAUGGGUUGUGGACAUAUAUCCGAAGGGAGUUUGGUUUAAAAAAUUUUUUUUAAUCGUAUGGCAAGGGACGGUAGAAAUGCCAGAAUAUGUGAAACGAUCGGUUAGAUUGUCACUUACAUGUAAAGAACCUCCGAUAAAUGGCGAUACUGAUAUGCGAGUAAAAAUAGGUGUCCUAAUUUAUGGACUACAAGAUGGUGUUGAGCAUAUUACAAGAGUAACUGAAGUCAUACAUAGAUUUAGUAAAAAAGAACGAGUUCUUAAUUUGGACGACCUUUUACCAUUUGAGGAACUCAAUCCACAACAGAGUUCUAUACCAGAAACUAUGUCUCCUUUUUUGGUAGGCCCAAACAAAGAUAUGCUGAAAUUGCACAUUGUUAUAUCCCCAGCCAAUUAGAAUUCGAUUCCUUUUGUUAAUUUUCUCGUUCAGUUUUA